AUGUCUACUGUCGGUGACGCUGCUACUACUAUGAGCCGCAUCAAAAAGGAUGAUGGUGAGACCAGCCGAAUUAAUCCCUAUCUCUGGGUUUUGGACGGCCUGGUCUCAGCCAUCGCCAAGACAGCCUGCAGGGGGUCCGAGCUGUCGAACGUCAUGUUGAAGAAAUACAUGACAAGGUGGCUGAAGGCCAACCUGAAGAAGCUGUACAAAAAAUAUAGAAGAUUUGGCGCAGACAAGAAUGAGAAGACAAAGACAAUCAGUCGAGGCAUUCAAAGGUGGGAAGACCAACCAGCCUCAAGAAUGGCUGCUACAGAGCUACACUUUGCAAAGGCUCAGCCGGCCCCAACUUUCAUCCCGCACCAUUUAUAUGCGGCGAAUGGGCCAGAUGCAGACCGCCAGCCAGACUACUAUCUUGUGAAGGGCUCGUGGUGCCUUCAACGGGAGGAGCUGGCGGACCUGCAAUUACUCAGGUUGCAUCGGCUGCAAACGACCCGCAGUUCUUGCAUAUCACAGGCUGAGGUGGGGACUGCAGUGCAAGUGGGCCUCAAUGCGGAGAACAAAAUCCGCCCGGUGCUUACCCGUUUUCACCGAGGCUUCACGAACGACUUUUGUGUGAUGCAGACUGAUUCGUUAAACGGGUUGCCUGAGGAUGAGCAACGGUCGCAGGAAACCGUUAUACCUGUGGAGCGGCCAAGGCGGAAUCGAGCUUACAAAACUCGUCCGCCGACCAAUGUCGCUGAGGUCGUGGCCGUCGAAGACUGGGAGCAGCACUGGCAACAUCAACAACAGCACCAGCAGCAGCAGAAGCGGCCAUGGUGGUGGUGGACGUGUCGAGAAGACUCACUGAUUCGUGUCGGUCUCCCCAUUCCCUGCCUGCUUGUUGCGAGCGGGCUUAUAUGGAACAUUUGCAAC